UAUCGUCAGGAGGCGCACACGGAUAACACGGACACACAGGUAGUAAUCUCGUCGUGUAACAGUAAGCAACAAUGAGGCUGUUUCACACGAUUGCAUGCUUGGCUGUCUGCUGCUGCCCAGCGUUUGCGGCAAAGGCACGAUCGAAACACAUGGUUCGCGAACGUGUAGCAGAACAAGAGAUUUUCGCACAAACGGGGUCCGUAGAGGAAUCUCUGUUCCACAAACCCGAAUUCAAUGUGCUGCUGAAAAAUCGUUACCAAGAAACCGGUCUUAAGGAUUUUAUAUCUCGUCUUCUCGAGCAUCAUGGGGCCCUGGCGACCGGCAAACACGAUGCUGCCCAGAAGGCCCACCAGGAGCUACUCAACUUUCAUAACAGUCAAUACUUCGGAGAAAUCCAAGUUGGGACGCCUCCUGUUUCGUUUAUUGUGGUUUUUGAUACCGGAUCCUCAAACCUCUGGAUACCCGCAUCUGAGUGCAAACAAGGUGGUUGUGUGCCGCAUACCCGCUUUGAUCCAAAAACUUCCUCUACUUACCUACCGAUAAAUGCUGGUGCUGGGGAACCAGCCAUCGCCUUUAUCCAGUACGGGACAGGUGCAUGUGUUCUUCGGAUGGCGAAAGAUACGGUGUCCAUUGGAGGGAUACGAGUGCAAAAUCAAACCCUCGGCUUAGCCCUUCAGGAGUCCGUGCAUCCGUUCGCCGAUCUGCCGUUCGAUGGCCUCGUUGGCCUCGGUUUCCCUGAUGUCGCAGGAGAAGAAGGCCUUCCGCCCGACGCUCUUCCCCUCGUGGACUCAAUGAUGAAGCAAAAACUACUUAAAAGAAAUGCGUUCGCCGUAUAUAUGAGUGAAGAUUUGAAUCAGCCUGGAGAAAUAACGUUCGGCUCCGUAAACCCUCGACAUACGUUCGAAGGCCACAAACCCCAGUGGUUCCCCGUGAUAUCUCUGGACUACUGGGAAGUUGGAGUUCAUGGCCUACGCCUCAAUAGAAAGUCUCUAGGCUUUUGCGAACGCACUCGGUGCAAAGCGGCCGUGGACACGGGUUCAAGCUUGAUCACCGGCCCCUCGAAAGUGAUUAACCCUCUCCUAAAAUCGCUAAACGUGGCUGAAGACUGUUCAAACAAAGGCAAUCUCCCAACGGUCACAUUUAUUCUUGAGGACACUGCCGGACGUCUCGUUAAGUUCCCACUGAAACCAUCUGACUAUCUAGUCGAGGAAGUCGACUCUCAAGGAAGAUUGGUCACUUGCGUAGCUGGCUUCAUACCAAUGGAUGUUCCUGCUCCUCGUGGUCCUCUUUUCGUUCUUGGGAAUUCGUUUAUCAGGAAGUUCUACACAAUUUUUGAUCGGGAUCACAUGAUGGUUGGAUUCAUGAGAGCCAACCACAACGGAAGUGGCCCAUCAAUGAAAGAAUCAUCCGGGAGCUCAACCAGCAUCUAUUGGGCAGCACUGCUCGGCGUUAUGAGCUUGUGCGUCAGAGCGACCGUUUGAGACGGUUCCGCAUUCCAGAGAACCGAGAAACCGGCUUCAAGUGUUUCUCCCUGAAAACAAAACCGCAGUGGAGUUUUGCUGUCGUGUCGCCGGAGACGACUCUCAGAACAGCUCAGGAACCUAAACGGACAAAUGCACCUAAGUUUUGAUGGAAACAUGAACUGUGUCUUGAACUUACGUAUAGGUUAAACCGUUUCCGGUUCC